AUGAAAUCAGACAAUAUAGAUUCAUUAGAAUCACUCAAAGACUACAUAGGUAGCCAGGACAAUUCAAAGAGUUUCGUGUACUUUUCUAAAAUUCCAGAUAUUUGCAAAACUGAAAAAUGCAUGUUGGGAGUUGACGAGGCAGGACGUGGGCCAGUUUUGGGACCUAUGGUCUAUGGAAUCUCAUUCUGUCCAGUAGAUAAAAAGUCAAUUCUUAAAGAUCUCGGAUGUGCUGACUCAAAACAACUUACAGAAGACCAACGAGAUGAGAUCUUUGUGAAUAGUAACAAUAAAGAUUAUGCAACGGAAUCAAUUGGAUGGGCAGUCGAUGUCAUAUCCCCAAAUGAAAUCAGCACAAGCAUGUUAAGAAGAACAAAGCGAAGCCUUAAUGAAGUUUCAAUGGAAUCAGCUAUAAGUUUAAUUAAGAAGGCACUGGAACUAGAAGUGAACGUUACUGAAGUUUAUGUAGACACAGUCGGUCCACCCGAGAAAUAUCAAGCCAAAUUGCAAGCUAUAUUUCCUGAUAUUAAAAUAACUGUAGCCAAAAAGGCUGAUUCCAUUUAUCCGAUUGUAUCUCUUGCAUCAAUCUGUGCUAAAGUGUCACGUGAUCAUGCAUUAAAAGUCUGGACAUUCCGAGAAGGUAUUGAAGUCCCUAGUGAUGGAUUUGGAAGUGGAUAUCCUGGUGAUCCCGUCACUAAACGAUUUUUAAAGAAUUUUGAGCCACUUUUUGGAUAUCCUCGAAUUGUCAGAUUUAGUUGGUCUACAGCAUCAAAUGCAUUGGACGAGAAUCGAGCUUAUACUGUCGAAUUUGAAGAAGAGGAAGAACUGAACGAAAAGAAAGUCAAAUUGGCAAGCAAGAAAAUGACGUCAUUUUUUAAGACUGAAGUUCCUGUAAAAAAAUUUAAGAGACACAACUUUUUCAAAGAACGAUGUUUAGAGGAUGUUAUUGAUUUUUAA